AUGCUUGCGGUACGCGGUGCGUAUCUUUCCGUAAAAGUAAGCGAUUUUGGUUUGGUCGAUCCAAUCGAAUUUGUUAAUAAAGCGUUAAAAUUUAGCAACGUAUAUCGAAAUUGCGCUUUUUUGUUGGAAUUGGAAAAGCUUUCGUUUUGCCAUUCGCUUUUCGUUAAUUUAACCAAAAACGCUGGUUACUUUUUUUUUAAAGCAAUUAAAAUUAGCAAAAAUAAUUUUGGUUUUUGCUUGGUUGCGGUUGUACCUUUUAAAGUAAUUGGCUUAAACGGGUUCGAAUUAUUCCUUAACUUUGCCGUUAAAGCAAAUAAUUGCGUAAGCGACUUUUUGGCUUUUUUAAAUAAACUAACUUUAAUAAAAAGCGAAAUACUUACGGCAUUCGGUUAUAAAGGUUUUAAGCAUCCCUUUUUUCCCAUUAUAUUUAUCGAGCGUAAAAAAUUUGUAAACCGAAAUUGCAAUUUAAAAAAUGCUAAUUUGGUAGCGUAA